AUGACCCCAGAUGUCUCCAGCCGUAGCAGUGUGUCUUCCGACCUCAUGCCCUUGCCCCUGAUCGUUGCCCUGGGUUCGUGUCCAUCCCCAACUCUGAGUGGCAUUAGAAUGCGGCUGUCGGCAUCUGAGACGUUCUCCGUGUAUGGGGCAUUCGCCAAAAUUUUGAGGCCGGUUGAAUUUCGUCUCUCGCAGCGUCUACACAUGCAUCGGCUGGAGAAGUUGCGCGGAUAGAAGUUAGUUCUAAGCAAACGUCGAACAUAUUGUGAUUGGGCAAUCUUGUCUUCCGGUUUGCUGCGAUACGUCUCGACACGCCGUUAUAGCCCUCUUACGCAACUGCAUUUGUGGCUGAUUGAAUGGUCUCUGUUAAAGCUCAGUACUUGCGACGUAUUAGUCGGCGCAUUUUAUCUUAAUGGAAGACAUACUUAACGAUGUCGAUGAGCACCAAGUUCUUGAUGGUUUCCCUUACCGACCGUCAGAUUGGCCGAUGACCGAAUUUGUUGGCCAUCGAAUCCAUCAGCUGUUAACAGUUCUUUAAGUUAGCACUCGGAACUGUCUUUUCCGAGAAAUUCUUGCCAUUUUUGUCUCUCUGUGCCGUCUUCGGUGGCUUAUCCGAAAGAAGGACUUCACUGUAGAAUUUAAUGGUCUUCCUGAAUGAGGAUCUGUGAUCAGUAUACCCUUCAGCAAAUAAAACAUCCUCUUCAAGCAGUUGCCUAAUUAAAUGUUAUUAUCGUCGUCAUUGCAUUGGGGGCCAACACGGGAGCUAAAUCGGAUUUUUGUAGAUAUUAUUGGUAAUGCUCUGGCUGAAAAAGUUUAGCAGUGAAGUGUAAUGACACGCCCAGGUGCAUGCUCACGCCGCGCAAGCUGGGAUUCCAGCGGCCCUUUUUUUUCUUGGUGCUAAAUCCUGACCAGUGUACGCUGUGGACCAGGUGGUACAACUUGGCGUGGGUCUUCGCCGUGCCAGUCACCUGCGGCCUUCUUAACUCUGUCUUGACACUGGAUCCAGGAGGAGGAGGAGGAGGAGGAGGAGGGGCGGAGGAGGACGCAGUAGAUACAGCGCAAGUCUACUAUCACUUUGAAAUAACUCGCGUGUAAUCUACCUUCCCUGCGCUUACUCUGUUAGGGAGCACCAGUACACCUUGCGGGUAUCGAUUAUUUCGCCGAUGGCCUCCGAAAACCAAUCAAAAAUUCGCGAAGGCAAUUAUCGCACACCCACACGCCGUACCAUUCUCAAUUUUCCCAUGUCCUUUUCCCAGUGCGAUUUUUAAGAGUCACUUCUAAGCUAACCUCCUCCGCCAGGAGGGGACUAAAGUUCUCGCUGUCCCAGUGAUGAAUGCGCUUCGAUUUACAACUAACCCUGUCCUAUUCUUUGUGCUCAAAGGAUUUUAUUCCCCCCUCCCACCCCACCCCUCUUCCCACCGUUUGAUCGAUGGAAAUUCAAAAAGGUCCUACGUGAAGGUCACUCCCUUUGUUGCUUUUGCCUUCUCAAGCACACGUUAACUGCCAUUUCAAAAGAUCAGGGAGAUUCCGUCUUCAAACGGGGAAAGUGUUGGAAACGGCGGCUAGGCUGUAUCAACUGUCCCAGUCUCCGCCAGCCUAAUUUUUUACAAAAAAGUGUACAGGCUUUUUUAUAGUACUUUUGUCCAAAGGUCGGAACAGAAAUUACGAAUUACAGCAACUGGCCUUUCUCGUGAAACGUUAGCCGAGAUUGUGAAAUGUUCCUCAGGUUGAAAAGAAUUACUUAAGCGCAGUUGGAAUAUUGAUUUUCCUGUGGUAUGAUCUCAAAAUACUUCAGUUACGCCAGGAUUCCAGCCUUUGAAUGCACUCCAUUUCGGCCGCCUACAAAAAGCACACUCGACCAAAGUAGCUACUCAAGUAGCAGGAAUCGUUCAAGUUAAAUUUCGAUGCCCUUACAAAUUUGGGUGUAUUUUACAAAAAAGCAUGCGCAAAAAUUAUUCUAAUCAUUUCGCAGAUAAGUAUGCUUUUCUUAAAUAUUGUACAUGAGAAAAUGUGCUGUCCGUUUUGAAGAAGUUUCAAUUUUCGAACAAUUUUUAAGUAUGGUCUUUCAGUUAUUUUCGCACUUGGGUUUACAAUCCGCAUGCAGCGCACUGUUCGUGUAAGGUGAAUUAUAUACUUCUUUAGACUAUUAAGGAGAUGUCUUAGAGGUCUCAUAAACUUUCAAGUGCGUGUGAUGCAAGUUGUACACUUAAUGAACAGCAUUAAUAAACGUACAGACACGAUUCUAUAUGGGUGAGUACUUAUUGGUUCUAAAAAAUCUUAUAAUUACAACUAUAAUUCAACUAUCCUUUUUGCAUAGGACUUAAUUUACUUCCAAAUGAGUACAAAAAAAUAAAUAUUUUGGUUAAGUCUCCUAUGAAAUGCAUUUUAAUUUGUAAGGGCAGCUAAGAUCAAGUGGAAAAAUUAUACCAUAUAACCAGUCAUUUUGCCAGAUGCGGCUUUUGCAGACAGCCAGGAAAAAGCUCAUUCCAAAGCCGGAUUAUGUUUUGCGAUAUGCCGCAUUACAACCCCACUUAGGUAAUUCUUUCUAACCGAAAAGGCACUUCAAAAUUUCGGCUAACGCUCCAUGAGAUAGGCCAGCUGCUGUAAGUGUAUUGAAGCUUCAGCAAGUACACUUGGCGCAGUCAACCGCUUCAGCAGAGCGUGGCUAGCACGGAAAUCGAAUGGGCAGAAACCGUGAGCUCUCAGAAGGCAUCGGGCUGGCCAGCCUCGAGAUUUCGUGCCAGAGUGCCCUGCCAACUGAGGUAUGGAAAACACACCAGUCUAGUGAGCGAGUAGGUUCAUUAUUCGUGUCAAACAAAGUGGGGAAUAUGGAAUAUUCGCAUAGAUGGUGAGUGUCCCCUCCUCCGUUCACUCGGCAGAACGACAGGGACGAAAUCUAGAGGUUGCCAGUUCACUGACGUCGAAGAAUAUAAUGUUUUAGUCAAUUUCCAUGCGCUGUCGUAGGCACCGUCUGAAUAUCUUACACAUUAAUUAAAAAGGGAUCCUUGGUAAAAUUGUGCAGCUUAAUUCACCAUUCAAUAUCGCAAAAGUUAACAGUCUUGGUGGAAUUUGCCUUUACGAUGAAAAGGACGAGGUCUGAGAACAGCCAGUGCUCUAAUCAUCUUAGUUACAGCUGUCCGGACCAAGUGCUUGGAAUUCUUAAAAUUUGGCCGAAGUUACCCGCCCAACGUGUGAAAUCCCAAAUCUGAUACAGCAGGCUGAGUGCCGAUGCAGGAUUUCCUGAUUAAAGGAGCUGGGAAAUCAAGUGGUGAUUGCUAGAUUGAUUGCAUAAGAAAACUGACCCGCGCAGUCAGCUUGCUGUUUCACAAUUAGUGGAUUCCAUACGCUGUCGUAGAUUUGUGGCAGUCAAGUAUGUGAGAUCAACUUAAUCCACGCACAAUAAGUUCGUUUCGUCCACUUUCCGCAGUCAGGGGGCUGUGUGGAAUAGUUCAUUCUCUACACAGGGCAAGUUGCCGUAAGUUAGAUGUUUGCUUGUGACAGAGAUAAGCGUCCGUUCACGGAGAACGCCAGUCGCGGUGUGUGUAGUUUACGCGGGAGUGAAUGUCUGUGUCAGUGGGUGGGGGUGACUGGCUGAGUGCUGUUCAUGGAAUUGAACGGAUUAGGGGGACGCAUAAUCACAGGGGCUCAUGGGUAUCAAGCCCGGUCGCCCGAUGCGCGUGGGGUGAUAAUAGUUUGUGAGGGCAGCCGGGAGUCACUGCAGCUAGACAGGAUGGACCCCAGUUCUAGCCGGUGGAGGUGGCCGUAUUUCAAUGGCUUGCCAAUGGUUGUCGCGACCAUUGGCCGACAAGACGGAGACGGAGAAAAGGGAAACUGGAGCGGUUGCUACAGACUGAGCGGCUAAUUUGACCCAACUGUGAUGAAACUCAUGGAUAUCUGUUGGGGCUAUACUCAUUCCUUGCUUUUGCUCCUCGGGGUUCGAACCCCACCGAGGCUGCUGAGAUUUCAUAAUUGGGCGAGAGUGAGACUUGCGACAUUGACUGCAGUUGAGUCAAGUUGCUCGCCGAGAACAUCGCAACGCACGGAACCCACAUAAUCUAAUUCAAUUAACCUAGAAUUCCCUACGGCUUACUGUGGAGGUCUGGUAGCUCAGGUGGUUAGGCAUUAACCUUGCCCAAACCUCGCUCAUCCUGUGGUGGAUUCAAAUCCCCGAGUGCGCCGGGUUUUUUUAUUGUUCGGUGGUUAUUUAACUUCGCUGAAAUUUUACGAAAACCCCUUAAUUUAAAAUAGCCUAUAACCGUUUGGGGAUUCACAAGCUGAUUAGUUGGGGGAGCACGUUUAGGCGGUUCCUCUAUCGUUGCAUCAUUUGUUGAUUUCAAAUUUCGUAGUUUCUUAAGCAGCUAACGUGGCCUAAAUGUGGAAAAACUCGUGCCCGUAGCUCGGAGGGUUAGAGUAUGCACCGUACUCAAUACCUGCAAUUGCCAGGGCUGCUGCGUUACUCACUAUUACACACUCAUAAGCUUUCUUAUUCACUGCAGUGUGUAUUCUGACUGCUUUAAGUCUUAAAUCCAAGAAGAAGUUCAGCAGCGAGUAUCUCAUUGCCUAAUACAGUCAACAUGCUAACAAUCUGAUUUACGAGGCUUCGACCGAAAGCCGGGAGUUUAGUCUCAUUUGAGUCAAUUCACUUGUCAAACCUAUUGCAGUUUAUAGAAUCCAUUAACUUCGAUACAGUACAGUAACUAUUUAAGCAAGAUUUCCUGAAUAGUCAGUCUAGACUUUAUCAGCCUCACUUAAAAAUAGAUCAUUUGCGCCAACUGGAUUGCACAAAUCAGUCAAAACACUUGGAAAAUGGGACAUCGUAAACUUCAUGCCUCAAUCCUGAGCCGGUCGCGGUGGCUUGAGAACACAUGCUCUGGAUGCGCUAAACUAACCCAGGGGUUAGAUCGUAAUCCCGCGGGUGUUCUCGGAAAUACGCAACAACAACGAAUGCCAACACGGGUUCACUCCGCGUUAGUUGGGAUCCGUGCCGUCACCCUAUUAUAUUGUGGUAAAAAUCCUAGUCAACAUUUAUUGUGGACCCAAGGGGUAUGAUGGUACGCAUGGGUGUCGGCUUUCGUCGUGACAACUACCUGCGUCCUCUUCCGCCUCCGGUCUUCUUGGAUCUGUCUUGACACCGGAUCCAGGUGGAAAAGUCGGAAUGAGUCCAGUAGACGGAGUGCAAGUCACCGCCCCUGCUCUCACCCUUGCUGCGGAACACACGGUAGUCAUCGUCAGUCUCGACGGUCGAACUGUCGAGGUGUCUUUCGGGUUGAAAGCUCGGGGACCUUAACUAACGCUUUGUUCUUGAUAGCUCACCACGAGGAAUAAUGGAUAGAGUAGGUAUGAAGUGUCAACCGAAAUUCCGAAAUGUGUUUUCGUUUCGAAAGGAUUGAUUAAGUAGGGUCGUAAGACUAGCCAGUCUGCAACAUAAUUCUAUAAUAUUUCAUUUACCUCAGGAUACCGGCUUUCGAAUGAACUUUUUUCCGACUGUAUGCAAAAAAAUACACCAUGUAGAAAAUGACUACUUAAGUAGCAUGAAAUCUUCUCAUUCAUUUUCGAUGCCCCUAAAAGUUUAAUUAUUUUUAAUAAAAAAAACGUGAAUAAGAAUAUUCAUUCCUUCGCUCAGUCUGUAGACAAUUACGUCUUCUUUUAAUUUCAUACUCGAUAGAGGGACAUAAUUCGGUUUUGAAAAUUUUCGAAUUGUGGGAAUUUUAAAUACCUUGAAAUGGCCGUUCAUAAAUCGUCAUGUCUCUGCAUUUACCAAUGUGGCUUGUAAAGUUAACAAUAUGCAUCCAAUCCACGGCUAAAUUUCAUGAAACCUAGUUAGUCCCCCUUUAUGUGUGGUUUUCCGUACGCGGAAAAUAUGCGACUUGUAGUUCGGAAACCCUGAAUUCAGGUGCAAAGGUAGAGCGGGUUCAAAAUUAGUCGAGGAUUUGAAAAGUUUUUGAAAGCAGAAUUACACCCUUCCUUCGAGUAAGAGUUUUGAAGAAAACGUAAUUUUCUACCGAAUGAGCUAAAGAAUGUAUAUUUUAUAUAUUUUUCCAUGAAAAAUAAAUGAACAUUUAGGGGCAUUUAAAAUAAAUGAGAAAAAUGCAUGCUGCUUAGAUAGUCAUUCCUUACAGAGUGUUGUUUUUGCAUUCAGCCGGAAGGAAGUUCAUUCGAAAGCCGGCAUCCUGAUGUAACUGAAAUAUUAUAAAAUUAUGUUACAGACUGACUAGUUUUACAACCCUAUUUCAUUAAUCUUUUCGAAACGGAAACGCAUUUCGGAAUUUCGGUUGACAUUUUAUGAGUGAGCCCAUUUACUGUACGUACAGCGCGAAAUCCCCUGCAGCUAAAGAUAGUCAAACUGCCAAUAGAAGCGAAGAGAUUAGCAGGAAGUCGAAAUGUUGGCGAAUAAAGCUCUUGUCCUAGCGACCGUUCCUCCUUCUUCACGAUCGCCAAACUGCCCACAAUCUCACUUUGAUCUGCCAACACAGUCAUUACCUUGGUGUGAACCAACACUUCGAGUUGCAAUAUGACGCCUGUUUCCCUUGGAAAGAAAUUCCUUUCGCUCAAACGAUGACUAAAUUUUAUGUUUGUCAUCAGGUCCUAGUUCCGAAGCAGUAAAAGCUGCGUCACCAAACCUUAGUUGGUUUCGCACAUGUUGUACCUUGGACGGUUUGGUCACCUCUUCCAGCGGGUCAUGGAAAGUCAUAAAAAGACAUUUACAGUCAGACGAGUUAGGCCUUGGGACCCACCCAAAUCCUCGUUCAGUGGAUUCAAGUACGUGCAUGGGUAUCAGGUCCGCCAUCGCAGACAAAAUCAACCUGGCAACGUUUUAGCAAAAUAUGAUAGUCUUCUAGUUGAGGACAAAGAGACGCGUUCGCCGAAACAGAGGCGUUUAUUCGCAAGGCGUUUCAGAUUUUCACUCGAACCCGGCACCAUCAUGGAGCGCGCAGAUCAACACGGCUUCUAGGGACAGUAUCAGACGGUCAAAGCCUAUGACCGUUCUUUUUACUGUACGACAGAGCAUGCCACAUCAUCGGUGGUGUUCCUGUUCUGGUCCCGCGGGGGGGGAGGGGGCAAACACAUGCGCUUUGGCCUGCAAGCAUCGUUAAUUACCCAGUCCACAUACAGUUCGUGACCUAUCUGAUGAAAGGUCACGGACUGGGAACUUAAAUCGCUGUAGCACAUGAAACGCCCACCCCGCAUCCAGGAAAGUUAUACUGCGUUAAAGAUACGACCGAGUUUCAAAAUAAGGCACACUUUGAUUUAUAACGUAUUAUUUAUUGACUAGGAAAUAAUCUAUUUUACAAAAAACUGCCAAAUCAAAAAACGACUCUAUGACAGGUCAACUAUUCAAGACCUAAAAUAACUGCCAGCAGAGAAGAAAAACGUCAUAAAACGCAAAAAUGAUAGAACAAAUAGUAAAAAAUACAACUUGUCAGUACUUUGUCGACUGUCCUUUACCGUUUAAAGCUGCUGUAAGGCGGGAGGACGUGGAGACUACCAAGUUGUCUAAGAUGGUUUGGUCUAUGUAAUUUGUAAGCAAAAAUUCCAACUUUUGUUCCAUAGAAAGAUGUUUUCUUGCCUUGUCCCAAUUUCUCUUGAUUAGUGAAAAAAGAUUUUUGAUGGGAUUUAGGUCCGGGCUAUUGACGAGAAUAAAAAUUCUUUGAAGGCUUCAGGCGGAGAGACUGGCUGUGGUAUAUAAUAUUAGAUUAUAGUCGUAAGCUGAAUUGAAUUCAUAUCUCCUUUGAGCGGCGGACGGGGGCAGUAUCCUGGAAUAUUACGGUGUACCUUCGACAUCGAUAAACGCCGCUGUAACCGAAGGCACCCUUUACGAUGUCGAUGAACACCUUGCUAUUUAUCGUCUCCGCUGUUGAACGCCAGACCGGUCGCUCUCCGAAUUUGAUGGCCAUCCAAACCAUCAGGCGUCGACAGUUCUUGGAUGCUGGUGUCGAUAUAGUGUGCUCUCGUGGAAAGUGCUCCCCACAUAUGACCACUCGAGCCGACUUCGGUGGCUUGUCUAAAAAUAAGACCUCAUCAAAAAACCAAAUGCUUUUCUAGAAGGAAAGUCUGCGAUCGAUAUAUUUUUGAGCAAAAAUACGCUCUCUAAUAAGUUUUCUACUAAAAGUGGCUUUGUCAUGACGUUUUUCUGAUGGAGACUGAACUCUUUCACUCUUUUUCUAAUUAUUCGCAAAGAAAACAUGGACAGAUGUUCUCUGUAAAUAGCCUUAAGGGGCAUAUAAUGAUACUUUUUACUGUCCGACGAAUGAAAUCGUCGUCUUGUUCGCUUGUGGACAGUUUUGGCCCACUUUGCUUAGUUCCAGUCAUUGUUUUAUUAUUAAUAAUUCUCCAAAAAGUGAUCUGGCUAAUGUUGAAAAUACGAGAUACUUAUUAGAAUAGGAAAUUAAGUGGAUAUCAGGAGACGUCAAAAUUUGCCUAAUUUUGGUCCGUUUCUCCUCAAUAAAACGGAACUAACAUGACCUCUUCAUUGGGAAAGGGCAUUUCGGGAUUCCAAACAAUUCUAAAAACAAGAAUAACCGCACAAAUUAUAUGCCAUCCCACCAACUCAAAUACCGAUCUUGACAUUUCCUGAAUUGGGUCAUCUACUGCAAAUUCAAGCUUGGUGCAAUGAGUCUGGACUCGUUUUAUGAGUACUCUCAUACAGCCUCGUUCGUAAGCCAUUGGAUGGUCGCUGUGAAAGCUUGAAAACUGUAGGGUGCUCGUUAUCCUCCUGUAAACCGUUGUCUCUGUUUCACCGUCAGGACUUCACUUGUCGAGCUCCUUGCGUUCCCCCCUCGUGGAGCGGAUAUGUGAAAGGAUUGAAUCGAGUACUUUAUGGACAUUCUGCAGCAUGUUAUUCCUGACGCUAACAAACGCGUCUUCAACGCAACGGCGUCAAAAGAUCGGCGCCUGUUGGACAAAGAAGUCUUUUCAAACUCAUAUGGGUCCGUUCUGUCACUGAAUCGGAGAGCGGGGAAGCCUACUGCGGAGGAGCAGGCAAUCACCGCAGCAAGUACGACCAUUGAAUGUAACUGCAGAAUACGCCACUUAUGAUAGCUGUGUAGUUGCGUGGUAACUUCAUUCUAUGAAUACUGCACCCUUUUGUGCGAGCGUGACCCUUAAUGAUGACUGUAUGUCGCGUGAAUAAAGUCUUGUCUCAGUAAUCACAUCUCCCCCUACCCGUGGACGGUGAUCGCGUCUCCUGCUCCCUUAGGUUCAGAUCUGCCACCAAAGUGGGAAUUAGGGGAACCUAUGGGAAUUCCCCUGAUCUGCUCAUAGGUCUCUCCUGCAAAGGUGAAGUACUAUUUGGCAAAAUUCGAACAACCUCAUGAGAUGCUAAAUUUUGAUCAGGCUCCGAGUUUCGUCGCAUUUAUCCUCAAAAUUCCUGCAGAAAUCUACAUACUCCGAUUUCGGCGGAAGGCAUAUGAAUGAUGACGACACGGCGUAAAAGACCAUGCUCUCGCCUGAUUGAAUAAUCCCACCUGACAGGUCUACAGGGAAUUGGGGCUGAGAUUGUCAAAUUAUCCUGCACGAACUUCAGCUUUCAGCAGGUUAAUUUCGCCAGAUUAUAGCUGGGGCCUAGGACACGGAUGAGAGGUCGAUUAAUCGACGCAUCGACCUAACACCAGCAUACAAACCCCUAUCGCCGAUCGUUGAUUGACUGGUAUCCCCUAUAACUAUUGCUUGAGGUGUUGCCGCACCUAUCUCUGACGGUGAACACCUGCGUGUGUUUGAAAGUUCAGACGAAUGGACAAAUGAUCCCGGUGCUCGGCCGGCCCUUCUUCUUCAUCUUCUUCUUCUUUCUAUACUUCCUCUCCCUCUUUCUCCUUACUCAUGCACACACAUGGAAUCAGAACAUCGGAAAUCAUUCUUGUCCCAGUGAAUACAUCUCCCUCUUUUUAUCAAAGUAUUGUGAACAGCAAGCACUCAUUAGGAGCGAAUUAAUUGUGGCUCACGCGCUCCACAAAAAGAACCUCCACCAUCCUGCUGUCAUAUUGAUCACGCACACACACAGGCGUAUAGUUCUCAUAUUUUUUUAAUCUUUCAACAUUGCACAGCCAUGAUUUCUCCGAUGGUAUUUGCUUUUCGCAAUCGCGGCAAACAUACACUGACGUUCCAUAAUUAAACCGCUUUCGGAUUUAUGCUGACGCAAGAAACCAAAACCUUAAAUGGAUAAGGUCGAAAGAUUCCUUUCUACCUUCAAAAUGUCCAAAAGUGUUCCUUGCAAAGACAAAGGACAACCCAAAACCCGUCGUAAAGUGGACUUCAUGAUUGCUGCAUUGCUGUACACCAUCAUGUUAUGUCAGUAAGUUUGAAAUUAGCUAACUGUUGACAAAAGAAAGCUGGUUUAAGCCCAAAAACUGCGUAAAGGCUAAUCCCCACUCGGCCAAGAAGCGCGCAGUUUCCUCAUGGUAUGCGAUCUUCCGGUAAAUAGAGGAGAUGGCACAUAAGAUGGGGGAAUGCGUGUCAAAGCCCUUUCUUGGGGAGAGCGGUUGCUCCAUUUUUUACUCCUGCCGCCCCCACCCACCGCCCCCCGCUGCCGUUGGGAUAACCACAGACCUUGAAAGGUGUGCUGCAAGUACUUUGAGCAACAGUACAAGCCUUAAUUACACGACCAGUGCUCUCAAACAGUCCAUAAUGUCUGGCCAUCCGUCCGACCCUGCAGUCCCCAGCCAAGUGCACACGCAUUCCCAACUGGCCGCGGCUCUGAGUUUCGAGGGAAGAAAACACCCCUCACGACUCCUGCCAAGUACACACUAUCGGAGGGUCGCUUUGAACUCAUUGGUUACCGUGUUCUCGCCCUCCAAUUGUCUUUUCUUCAGCCUUUUAAUAAUUAAAGUAAUUCCGUCCAUACUCGACACUCACAGAGGGUCGUCCGAUCCACUUGGUUAGAUUUUUACAGUCAGAGCACGGAGCAUCCGUCCCACGAACUCACUUUGGGCUGAUGGGUGGCGGGGGGGAGGGGUCAUAAAAAGAGAAGGGAAACCGCUGCUUAUGAAUAAAAACUGUCAUCUACUAAUAUGGCAAACACGUUUAUUUAGUAGGCUCGGAGGAGCAUAUUCGGGGGACUGAGAACUCGAGGAAACUUCGCAAAUUCAGCAACCUAAAAUUUGCACAAAUUUAGAUCGUGCAGGUGGAAUGGGGAAUGUCACGUCUCCUAGCAUCAAUUUUCUAAUGUUUACAGUCGAACAACCGGAAAUCUGUGAGGUCUGUGGUAGCAAGUUCUAGUGUCUUGUGUCCGAAUGACGUGUGGUGUUGUGUCCACUGACCUGUCUAGUCUGCCCGCAUUCUCGUAUUCUGCGUGACAACGUUCUGCUUGAAUUUUCCAGGACUGGAAACAAUAAACUGUCCGCUGCAACCCUAAGGGAUAGUUUUUGGUUAGAUCUUCCAAGAAAAAGAAAUUUCAUGGUCAAAUUCCCGGAGCGGUACGUAGAACACUUGCUUUGGCUGGUUGUCAAUCCACAUUGAUACAAAGACAUGCGCUGGAUUCCACUUCACUGGAAACGACCAAAUCGGGAUCGUAUAUUCCGUCAAAGCUCUAUUUUGUAGAAAACGUGCACAAUAAUAUGUUUGUUUUUAAUCUUUUUGUAGAAAGACACAUUGUCUUAACAUUUUAUACCCGAACAAAGUGUAUAUUUUGGUUUUGGAAAGUUACUAAUUGUGAGAUUUUUAAGAUCGUGUGAUGUUCAUACAUACAACAUCGCACGUGUGCGUUUACCAGUGCUACUCAUGAGAUAUAAAAUACAGUCCGGAUCCAUUGCAUGAUUUUAUGGACUCUAUACAGAAUCUUUUUAUAGGCAUAGAGGAAUACGUGAGCUUCCUUUGUAGACUGAAAUCCCCGAACGCUGCUGCAACGGCAGGUCAGCCUUGAAAUUAUUCGGGAAUUGGAAAACUUUUUUAAAUCUAUGUAUACUUUCUUUCGGUUAUAACAUGUGGAAAACGUGUUUUUCCACCAAAUGUGUAAAAUAAACCACCUUUUUUAUGUUUUCUGAAAACAUAUUUAGAUUUACUAGAGUAUCAAAUAUCAAUGCGAAUAAUGCAUGUUAAGUAAGUUGUCAUUUUUACCGGGUGUGGUUUCUACAGGAGAUCGAAAAGAAAUGCGUUCAAAAGCUGAUAUCCUGACGGUUCCGAAAUAUUAUAGGAUUAUGCUGUAUGCCUAUCAAUAGUACAACUGCACCUAGGUAAUCCUUCCUAAUCGAAAACGCAUUUCAGAAUUUCGGUCAAAAUUUCAUGAGAUCAGUCACGCACUGUAAUUGAAAAAUACCGAUUUAGCCAUCCUUUAUUCAUUUAAAGCUGUGAUGAAAAAUUAUCGCCUGACUCUUACAAUGUACUGAUUUUAAAGCAGAGAUUGACAUGUUUACUGGUAGCAGACCAUUCGUGUGUGAUCGGUGAUUACUAAUUGUGAAAGAUAGGUCUGUGCCGAGGUCAUGCAGUAAGUUGUUGGCAUUUGAAGCAGGCUAGUCAGGUUUUCAUCGGCUAACCAUCGGUUAUUCGGCCAAAGUAUCCCCAGUAGGCAGACUAUCCUCACAUAAUUCCAUGUGGAUUGAUCAGGAACUUUCAAACUUCCCUGGUUAAGGACUUUUUACGUGUUUUGCAAACGUCUCAUAUCCUACUAUGCAGUCUUAGUAAUUUUCGUCUGCAAUCGCACGCACUUUUAUUUAAUAGAAAUUAACUUGCCACGAAGCUGGCGGGAGAUGUGAUGGCCGUCAGCACACACUCUCUCACACACAGCUCGUGUACGGCAAUAGACGCAUUUUGCUUGAUGCGAGGCUAAGAAAACAACAGAACAUCAAGCUGGCCACCAGUAGACAGUAUCUUGCUGUGACAUUGUUUUUUUCCCACAGGCAUGCCUGUACUCUCCCCUAAACGGUUUACUGCUAAGCUGAUGCCCUGUCGCCUCGCGAAACAGUAGAUGACAUUCGAGUAAGAGAUACUCAACGUUCCGCAAUCCCCUCUCGCUGUUGCGCAGCUCUUGUUAACGUUAAGGAGCACUAAACGCAUCAACAUCUUGCAGGGUUUGCAGGCAUAACAACCCGUCCAUGCUGCGGAAGGAAAAAGGCAAGGGGUGAUUGACAUAGAUGCAUGCGCUUAUUGUUCUUUCAGUCUGAAUACAAAAGGUAGAGAUAAACGGAUGCCAUUAAGUAAGCUCUGGCAAAUUCGGUUACAUCAUAGCUAACUGACGACGGCAAAAAGUCGAAAAGGAGUCUCUCGUUGUUACUGGCUGUAAAAUUCCUCAAUUGCUGAUUGUUGGAUGACUGUCUUCAAUGAGCAUUCGUUCAAGACCGUUUCUCAAGGCCGUGAAAAUAACGUCAGACGAUUGACCAAGAGAGGGUAAGGUGCUGAGGGUUCAAAAACUGCUUAAGCAGAGGGUGGCCAAACAAACCGCGAACAGAGAACGACACGCAAAGCAGCACUAGAGAACAAAUUGCGUAAACUGCCUCCUCCAACGUCAUCCAAGAACGACAAACUGAGGCACAACGGGUAGUCAAAAGAGCUGACGGAGAAGCAAAUGCAUUUGUUAAGUUAUGAGGCCUCAUUUAACACAGCCGAUGUUUAACCUGCCCACAUCACUGCAGCAGUGGAGGCAAUCCUCAACCAGACGGAAGCGACAGACGAAACGAAGGACUUUAUCCGACACCAAGUGUCAUCCUACCUCAUGUCUCAGAGGCCGCACAACGUGCUUCCCAAGGUCGAGCGUGACGCACUAAAGGAACUCAGGGCCAACAACGACUUCGUUAUAGCACCUGCAAACGAGAAGCGUUCCACAGUCGUAAUGGACAGGACAGACUACAUCCAGAAAACCAAACGCCCGUUGGAGGAUCGUCAGUCCUAUGCCCCCUGCGAAUCCAACCCCAUAAGGACGGGUUGCCCUUUAGCCCAGCUGCUGGCUACCCGGCGAAUCCACAGCUGGUGGAUAGCGGAACAGUCUUCAGGGAAGGUUAGCUGCGAAAUAAGCAGACCCAAGUCUGACGAAUAA